AUCAUCAUCCUCCUCCGUUGCUGCCGCCUUCGCACCCAUUCAUAAAACAGGAAAGACGCAAUCUUUUUCUUGUCUCUCUCUCUCUCUCUCUCUCUUCUUCUUCCCCAUUCUUCAAAAUCUUAAAGCUUUCCUCUUUCACUUUCUCAAUCUCAUUGACCCCAUUUAUAAUCCCAAUCCCAAAGUUUCGAUCUUUCGAUUAAAAAAAAAACAAAUCCAACAUUUUUGUGUUCUUUAUAUAUGAUUUUGAUUCCCAUCAAGAUUCGAUCAGUUUUCUCAUAUCUCUUAUUGCUGAGUUUGAUCCAAUCGAUCGACAAACCAAACCCAGAAGCCAUGAGAGUCCACCCAAUCCCUAGAAACAUCAACAACACUUUGAUCCAUCAUCACCGUCAUAACCCGACCCGAGAACCCGGCAAGAAUCUCCGGCGAUUGCCGCAUAUCUUCAACCGUGUUCUGGAGCUUCCGUUAAGGUCAGAGGCAGAUGUAUCCGUGGAAGAGAGACACGACUGUUUCAGAUUCGUGGCGGAGACGGUAGGUCUCUGUGACGGCAGCGACGGAGAUAUGAGGGCUUACAUGGUUGAGAUUCAUCCGGGUAUAACCAAAAUCGUUGUGAGGACUAAUGAGUCUUCGUCUUUGGGUUUGUCUUUAGACGAGUUAGAGCUUGACGUGUGGCGUUUUAGGUUACCGGAAUCAACUAGGCCUGAGCUUGUUACUGUGGCUUGUGUUGAUGGUGCUUUGAUUGUUACGGUACCUAAGAACGCAGAAGAAGAUGAUGAUGAUGAUGGUGGUGGAGACUUUGGACAUAGUGGAAGGCUAGUGCUUGUUCAGUGAAUCAAGUAAUGUCUCUUUAUGUAAUGUAAUGAUGAUACUCUCUGGAAUGUUUAUGAGUGAAGAAGACAAAUCUCUAAUCUUCCUCGUUUCUACAAUAUUUGUGUAGCCUUCUGUUUUUUUGUUGUUGGCAAUUCAGUUCUAAAUAAAGGAUAAGAUUGAAUCU